AUAAGUUUGCAGCCCCGAUAGCAAUUUACUCCAGAGUUGCACCUGACGAUUUUAUUGUGUUCUUUCAGCGAGUAUCCCAAUCAACAACUACCAUGGCCGACAAAGCUGCUCCUGAAAAGCCCGCGGGCCGCCCCAUGAGAUACCCAUACACUUUCUCGGCAAAGAUUGCCCAAUUCCCCAUCAAGCACUACAUCAAGAAUCAGUGGAUCUGGCGCUACUACUUCAUUGCGGCUGUUGCCUGCGUGCCCGUCUUCUACAAGAUCAGCCGAUUGGCCAACUCGCCCGGAAACAAGAAGGCAUGGGCCGAGUCCCAGGCUAAGGAGGCUGCCGAGCACCAUUAAAUGGCCCACAAGAGCGAUGCUGCCAUUAAUUUAGUUUUAAUAUAUGCAUCUACAUUUCAGAGCUGUUUUUGUUGGCUUUAAACCUGAUCGGCGAAUAAAUGAGUUGAAAACGGA